UUUAGUUUAGAGGGUUAACUCAUGAAUUUAUGAUGAAACUUAACUCUAUUUAAGUUUUAGAUUAGUGGUUGGAUGAGCUGUUAUUGGAUUGACUUUACUGUCGAACUUAACUGGGUUUUGCAAGAAUGACAUGAUAUUAACAUGAUAGUCAAAAGAAUGUAAUUAAGGAGAGAGUGGAAGGAUAAAUUUGCAGAGAGGUCGGUUAAAAAAGGCAAGUAACUAAUAACAGUAAAACCGAGGGCCACCAUUGGCAAAAAUUCCCAUAAAGCAACUUAACAAAUAUCAUAAUUUUGUAGGCCCAAAAGUACCUCCCUCCUAUAUCACAGAUUUUGCUUGCUUUUGUAGUAUUUAAAGAGCAGAAGUCACAUACACGAAGUCAUAAUUUCUCAUACUCGUCAUAGCCUUCUUCGUUUUCCUCUUUCCCUAAAAAACUGCUGAAAAUCAAGAAAGUAAGACUAUAUUGACUCAAGAAAGAAAAUGGGGAGGCUAUUUCUGGUGGAUCUUGAAGGACGCUCUUAUAGCUGCAAGCACUGCCGCACUCCUCUUGCUCUCAAAGACGACAUCAUCUCUAAGUAUUUCUGCUCCAGGAAUAGAAGGGCAUAUCUUUUCUAUAACGUUGAGAAUGUCACCUUUGGACCGAGAGAAGAUCGAAUGAUGAUAACUGGAAAGCACACUGUGGCUGACAUAUACUGUGUUGUUUGUGGAUCAAUUCUGGGGUGGAAAUAUAUACAUGCAUAUGUGAAGGCUCAUAAGUACAAGGAAGGUUGGUUUGUCAUUGAAAGGUGUAAGGUGUUGAAUCCUGCCGGAACUCCCUAUGAGGCCAUUCAAGAAGCUCAGGUUGGUCACCAAGCUCCGAAUGGUCAAGAAACUUGGAUGGCCCAAGAAGCUCAGGCUGGUGGAGGAAUUGAUGUUGAUAAUGCUUGAUUAGUUACUUAGUUUGUAGAAUGUUAGUCUUUUUAAGUGUACAUUCUCUGCUCCCUUUGAUGAUGACCAAACCUACUAACUGGCUCCUUUGGUAAAGAAGCUCAGAUUGGCUUCUUUUUUAGAUGACACAAACUGGGUUGUUGACUGACCCAUUUCACGAUUAGCAUUAGAAUUUUGUCUGCGAUUUUCAAUUGUUUAGUAAUGAAAGUUCAUGGAGAGAUAAGGUCUGUUUUUUGCCAA